AUGGGAGAGAGUAACAAUAUGACUGAAUUUGUCCUCCUGGGCCUUUCUCAGGAUCCCAAUGGGCAAAAAGCGUUAUUUGUGACGUUUUUACUCACAUACGUUGUGACCAUGGUGGGCAACCUGCUCAUCGUGGUGACUGUUAUCAGCAGCCUCUCCUUGGACUCCCCAAUGUACUUCUUCCUGGCCUCCCUGUCACUCAUGAUUGCUGCUUAUUCCACUGUCAUUUCAUCCAAAUUGCUUGUAGACCUACUUUGUGAUAAGAGGACGAUUUCCUUCCCAACAUGCAUGGGCCAGCUCUUUAUAGAACACUUGUUUGGUGGAGCUGAGAUCUUCUUUCUGGUGGUGAUGGCCUAUGAUCGCUACAUGGCCAUUUGUAGGCCUCUGCACUAUUUGACCAUCAUGAAUCGACGGGUUUGCAUCCUUCUGUUGUUGGUGGCCUGGAUUGGAGGUUUUGUGCACUCUGUGGUCCAAAUAUUCUUUGUUUUAUUU